GACGGGCUGCGCCAUCCGCCCAACGACCGCCUCAGCGUCACCCUCGACGAGCACAGCAACAGCCGCUGGGAGGAGCCCAUGGUGCGCCCCGACCGAUACGUGCACGCCGAGUUCCAGGCCGACGGGGGCGGCGGGGAGCCGCCGGCCAGGGAAUACAUCCGGGCUUGGACUAAGUGGAACGGGUACUCCUUCAACGCGCAGGCGUUCAUCGACCUGGUGACGGACGAGGUGGUCAUGGAAGGCGAGCGGCGGCCCCGGCAACGCAUCAAGCUCCGGGUGGUCAGCAGGCAGGAACUCAGUCCUCUGGUGGGAGACGCGAAUGCGACGGCGACGGCGACGGCGACGACAACGAGUACGGGCGGGUCUGUGGCUUUGGUGCUCCGCAAGCGCAUCCGCGACCGCGAGGGUCAGGAGAUGGAGGACGGAGACCGCGCCUUCACGGCCAGCCGUGUCGCGCUCUGGCCCCCGGACGACGCGCCCCAGGACCUGCACGAGAUCCUCUGCCCCGAGGGCCAGCCCGGCGACGUCAAGGCCAUGCUGGGCGACGAGGGCAUCGUGUACAUGGCCGGCCCGCCCCGCGCGCCGGGCUCGGCGGAGCGGGCGCUGGUCUUUGUCGGCUUCGACCCGACCUUUGGGUUCCAGGGCAUGCAGCGGCUGGAUGGGAGUCCCGCGGUGCCGAAAUCGGAGAAGAAGAGGAAGGUGGACCGCUACGAGCUCAACGAGACACCGCAAUCUGUCAGUCUCGAGAGCCAGGGCCAGAGCCAGGGCCAGGGAAUGGGAAUCGACCUCGACCCCGCGGAUCGUACAAAGCGGCUGAAGCUGGGGGCGCAGGUCAAACUCGCCGUGGGAGAUUCGACGUCUGCCCGGUCCCGGGGCGACGAGCAGGGGGACCUCGCCGUUCUCCCGCAGGGCCACAACAUGGCACAGGCGCUGAUCGACGAGUCCGAGGACUGGCAGCCUCCGCUUGCCUCGCGCGCAGAGUUGCCCGCGAUGUCCCAGCCCCAGAGACCCUUGCAGGCGGCAGUCUCGAGCCCGAGCCCGAGCCCGAGCCGGGACGAUCUCUCGCAGUGGCAGACCAGCGGGAAGCCCGGUAGAGGCAAGGCCCCGGCACCUCCCAACCUUGGCCAGACACGGCAAGAGCGGGUAAUGUACAUGUCUAUCGGCAGGGGAUAUUGGCUGCGCUAG